CAACUUUCCCCCUUUCCCCUUCUACUCACUCCCCUUCCAACAUUCGGAGACUUUGAUGGGACUCUCCACCCCACCCGCAUCCAUUUGUGAUUGGGAGUUUGUGACAUCGUCUUUCCCGUUUGCCGCUCAUUUUAUGGACAGUGCUUUGUGCUUUGAACUUUCAUGUUUUCCUCUUUCGUUGCCUGAAGUGCCUGCACGGGAAUGUCUUCGAUCACGAAUUUACCAAAAGGCCGGCUGUGACGACGGUAAGCUUUUAGCUUUGGAUCGAACGCUGCAUUAUUCAGUUGAAGAGCCGAUUCGCCGUUUCGGUUGGUUUAUGGCCAGUUGAAGGGAUUCAGUCCUUUCCCUUUCGCAAUUAUGACUUGGGGCUUUGUAACGUGCGGCCCAAACGAAGCCUUAGUUAUCUCAGGAUGCUGCUACAAGAAGCCACAUUUAGUUGCUGGUGGCCGAGCAUUUGUAUGGCCUACCGUUCAUUGUGUUCAAAGAAUAUCCUUAAAUACUAUGACUCUCCAAGUUGAAAGUCCUACCGUUUAUACUAGUCAAGGAGUACCUAUCUCUGUUACAGGUGUUGCGCAGGUGAAAAUUCAAGGCCAAAAUGAAGAAUUGCUUCUUACAGCCUGCGAACAGUUUCUCGGUAAAACAGAAAAGGAAAUUCAGCACAUAGCCCUGUUGACCUUGGAAGGUCAUCAGCGAGCGAUCAUGGGCACUAUGACAGUUGAGGAGCUCUACAAAGACAGGAAAAAAUUUAGCAAACAAGUCUUUGAAGUUGCCUCAUCAGAUUUAGUCAACAUGGGAAUAACUGUCGUCUCUUAUACUUUGAAGGACAUCAGGGAUGAAGAUGGGUACUUGAAAAGUUUAGGGAUGGCAAGAACAGCUGAAGUCAAAAGAGAUGCCAGAAUUGGUGAAGCUGAAGCCAGAAAAGAUUCUCAAAUCAAAGAAGCUAUAGCUGAAGAAGAAAGGAUGGCCUCUCGAUUCCUGAAUGAUACCGAAAUUGCCAAAGCCCAGAGAGAUUUUGAGCUCAAAAAAGCUGCCUAUGAUGUCGAAGUUCAAACAAAGAAAGCUGAGGCUGAACUGGCGUAUGAACUGCAAGCUGCGAAAACAAAACAAAGGAUCAAAGAAGAACAAAUGCAGAUUAGUGUAGUAGAGCGAACGCAAGAGAUAGCAGUUCAGGACCAAGAAAUUCAGAGGAAAGAGAGGGAACUCGAAGCAACCAUUCGAAGGCCUGCUGAAGCGGAAAAAUACCGCCUUGAAAAGUUAGCUGAAGCCAAUCGUCACCGUGUUAUCCUAGAAGCUGAGGCAGAGGCAGAAAGUAUAAGGAUACGAGGAGAGUCAGAGGCGUAUGCCAUCGAAGCCAGAGCGAAAGCUGAAGCGGAACAAAUGAUGAAAAAAGCAGAAGCCUGGAAAGAAUACCGGGAAGCAGCCAUGGUUGACAUGAUUCUCGAGGCCUUACCCAAGGUGGCCGCGGAAGUUGCCGCUCCCCUUUCUCAAGCUAAGAAGGUAACAAUGGUCUCCAGUGGUAAUGGAGAAGUUGGAGCUGCCAAAUUAACAGGAGAAGUACUCACCAUUGUUGCCAAAGUCCCGGAGAUGGUGAAGCAUUUAACCGGAGUCGAUAUUAUGAAGUGUUUGAUGGAUUCUCCGAACAAAUUUUCCUUUGGAGACAAAGCUCAGCUCGCAAGUUAAAACAUCUUCACUGCAACCAGAACAUGCUCCAGGGAAGUAUUUGAAAACGACAUUUAGAAAUAAUAAGUCAAAGAAACAGGCUGGCUUUCGAUUUCGUUCGAGUUGGGUGAUUUUUUUUUUUUUAUAAAAAAAACUUUUAAUUGACAGGGGUCGAAGACUCUGGCUGGUUUCAAUUUGAUAUGAUUAGCUAUCAACUUACCAAGCAUAACCUUUGAGCUUCCAAAAUUAAGCUCUACAUUUACACAUUUUUCCAAGUGACUCAUCACAUAUUUAGCCCAAUAUUUAGCAUAUUUUAACUCAACAUCUUAUUUUUCCCCUCUCAUUUUCUUUUUGGAACUGAGUGCUUAUUGUUCCACUCAACUAAUUCGGGAUCUGAAGUAUGAAUACAAAUAAAAGGUCCAGGAUUCAAGCUUUUUUUUAUGAUUUAUUGCCUGACUAUAUUUUUAUCUUAUUUCAUUAAUUUUCAACCGGGGUUUUCAAAGUUAAAAAAGCUUCCUCAUACAUCAAAUCGUCUGCAGGAAAAGUAUGUUUACAGCAUAAUGAUCCACUGCUCCAGCAAAAGUGGAUCAACUCUUCCCUCCAGUUGCGUUGGGGCCUCCACCGUGUAAGGCUUUUUUCCAAUCAUAUUUCAAUCCAGAAGUAGUGGGCACAUUAUCUCAAGUUUGAAAUUAAAUUCCUAGAUCACGUAUCUGGAUACUUGAGUUGAUGCGCAAGAUUUCUUUAUUUUCAAACAUAAGAUGAAUACUUCCUAAAGUAUUAUUGCAGUAUUUAGCAAGAAACUGAAUGAGCCCCUGAUAUAUUUCUCAGAUGAAUUUACUUUUUCUUCCUAUUUUCCGUUUAAUGCCUUUUAAAACAUUUCUGAUAUUUUUUUUAAGUCUGUAUACGUUUUAUUCCAUCUUACCCACAAACCCCACUCUUGUGUUCAAAUCCUAGCAUGUCUAACGCACGAACAUAAAGUAGAGAUACACAAUUUGUCUUACUUCAUGAAACUUGACGGCCGAGUGUUCUGUAAUUGAAAAGGGGUUCUGAAGAAGGGCCUAAAAUGGUCUCAGUAUGUUUGUUGCUCCAAGCAGCGGCUAUGAGGUGAGAAGUAUUUCUCUCUGAAGAUGGUAGAAAAUGAUGGUCUCCAGGUAUCAAAAACCUGGAGAGAAAUGUGAAUGUAUAAGAAUGUGCGAGAUGGGUUCCUAUUGUUCAAUUAUUCUUCAUCUUGCAAGUUUUCACCACUAGCGGAACAUAGAAACUUCAACUUCACAAUGAUAUUUGAAAGUUUUGAGGUCCAUUUGAAGUUUUAAAAUAAGAGGCUAAUAUCGAUCUUUAUGCAUGGUAGUUACAAGGAAAAUUCAGGGAAAUUUCAUUAUUUUACUCAGGGAAAGCGGAUAAGUGAGCGAGGGUAUUCUUUAACCCCUGGAAUAAACAGUCGCCCCUAAAACCUGAGAAACUCAUGGUGCGAAAUCAUAAUGUAUCUUUCUCAUAAAAUCAAGUAGUCAGAAUUUAGCAGUCGGGUGGAGGAAAUGCAUUAAUUUAGUUCAUUUGUAUCAGACUGUUGUCUUGUUCAGCUCAGCAAUCUUUGUUGAAAUAGUUUUCCUCUAAUGUUCCUGUAGAAAAAUUAGUUUGGUUCAGAUUAGAUAGCCCAUGUAGUUCCACUUUCUUCUCACUCUCGUUUUUAAAACUAGUGUGUCUCUUCUUUUCUGGUCUGAGUGUGUGUAGAAUUGAAGGUUUGUUAGCAAGGUUCCUCAGUGUCUUUGAAAAACAGAUGAAUAUAAACUGUAUCUUUAAUGCAUUGAUGAUGAUGAUGAUUUACAGACUGACGCUUGUUUCGAGACAAAUAAUAGACUUGCAAACAGCACAACGGUGAAAGAUAACCCCAAAGAUUUGAAACUCAAAAAGUGAAUAUCUUUUACAAUGUUUUUUCUUUUAAAUUAGUCUAUUUGUACAAAUGUAUUGUUUUCGUUGUCGAAUUAUUCUUAAGAGAUAAGAAUGAAUUGUACGUAUUUUAUUUACGAAUACCCUCAAACUUCCGGGAGUACAACCGAAUAUUUUCGAGUUUGAGCCAAAUUUUAUUUUCAACUCUCAGAUUUCCGUUGAUUUAAAAUCAAUUUUUCGCUAAUUCUAUCGCUUUCUGUCUAUGUAAAUUCUUGCUUUGUAUGUAAAUAGGAAAGUAUUAACUUUUAUUAUUGUAAGGAAACCGCCUUAAAAUAAUUCUGUGUGUACAUUUUGCGAAAAAUCAAUGUUGUACAACAUUUCAUCUAGCUGUUCUACGUUAGGUUCUCCUUAAAUUUAAGGAAGUCAUUCUAUGAGCUUGUUUAAGCCUUAGUUCAAACUGUCAAGUUGCUUGUUCGGCAACUCAAAUGUUACCAGUACUGCUGUCCAAGGGGAAAACACUGUGACGCCACUCUAGAGUCUUUGAUUGUCUCUUGAGUCUCUUGAGCCUAAAUGCUCUAACACACAAUGACCAGUGACUAUUCAUCCUGUGUAUUCUCAGAAUAACCAUUUUAUACUACCCAGAACCAGUUCUGAAGUAAUGAAGCACGAAGAUAAUUGAGUAGCCUCUGAUUUAUGCAUUUGGUCGGAGGAAGGAAUGUAAAAUCUAGCAGUCAGUUAUGGAGUUUCUGCUUUGUACAGCAGAAUGGGUAAACAACUCAUUCAUCAGCUUUGUGCAAUCCAAUUUUGUUCAGGUCUAGGUAAUUGGAAAACUGCCACUUGUUUUUCAUUUCUAUUCUUCUCUUCUUUUUUAUCGUGUUCUUUUUACUUGUAAUGAAGUAAACUUGUUGUAACUUGAUUUUUGGAAAUCUUCAUCUUCUCAUGAAAGAGGAUUUGUGUUUCAAAUUGUCCAAUGCACUUCUCUUAUUGCACUUCAUUAAGUGGCAAUUCAUAGUAAUUUAUUUCUGAGUAGUUAGAUUUUUCAAUUUCCAUUGAAAAAAAAAUGAAUGAAGAUAUGUAACUAUUUAUCUUUUGAGAGAAAUCUAAUUAUUUUCUUGCUUCCUUUUGUAUUCAUAAAAUAGUAAAUUUAACCACUAUACCCAGUUUUCAGUGUCCUGGAAUCUAGACCUACUUCAUUUGUGUGCCAUUUUCACUUUUAUAGUGUUCUUUUGCCUGUCUUAUCUGAUAGCAAUAGACAUCAGUCAUAAGUUUUUGUUAUUUUGAAAAAAAUAAUAAGUAAAUCUGGCAAAUGGGUUAUAAUAUUCUAAA